AUGGCCUCAGAAAAUAAAUCCACAGUGAGUGAAUUCUACCUUGAAGGAUUAACGGAUCAGCCAGAGCUGCAGUUUCCCCUUUUCCUUCUAUUCUUGUGGGUGUAUGUGGUUACUAUGUUGGGGAAUAUGGCAAUGAUUUUUUUAAUUGCUGUAAGUUCUCAGCUCAAAUCCCCCAUGUACUAUUUCCUCAGCAACUUGUCCUUCAUAGACAUCUGCUACUCCUCUGUUGUUACCCCUAAACUGCUGGUGAAUUUUAUAGAGAACCAAAACAUUAUCUCUUACCCUGGGUGCAUGACACAACUGUUUUUCUUUUGCUUUUUUGCUAUUGAUGAGUGUUACAUGCUGACAGCCAUGGCUUCUGAUCGUUAUGUUGCAAUUUGUAACCCGUUGCUUUAUAAUGUUGUCAUGAACCCCAGAGUCUGUUCUCUCCUGGCAACUGGAGUUUAUAUGAUGGGAAUUGUUGGUGCCCUUGCACACACAACUUGCAUGGCCAGACUGUCUUUUUGUGGUCCUAAUCUCAUUAAUCAUUACCUCUGUGACAUCCUUCCUCUCCUGAAGCUAUCCUGCUCCAGUACUUAUAUUAAUGAGCUUUUGGUAAUGUUUGUCCUUGGAUUCAAUGUGUUGGCAACAAGUCUGACUAUUUUGAUCUCUUAUGCUUUUAUUCUUUCCAGUAUCUUCUGCAUUCAUUCUGCUCAGGGAAGGUACAAAGCCUUCAGCACCUGUGGCUCGCAUCUUGCUGCUGUGGCCAUUUUUUAUGGCUCCAUUAUGUUUAUGUAUUUUAAGCCAGCAUCCAGCAGCAACAUGACACAAGAGAAGGUAGCUUCUGUUUUUUAUACCACAGUGAUUCCUAUGCUGAAUCCCCUGAUCUACAGUCUAAGGAACAAGGAUGUGAAGGAGGCACUGAAGAAAGUCAUAGAGAGGAGGUUUUGUUGCAUAUAA